AUGGGCCGUUGCACUUUCUCGUCGGACAAUAUCGUAAUAACUCCUCCCAAUGAUAUACGAUCAUACAGACUAAUUGAGCUCGAGAAUGGCCUCACUGCAUUGCUCGUUCACGAUCCUGAAAUUUACCCAGAAGGGCCACCUGAACAAGCUGAAGAAGAAUUAGAGGAAGAUGAGGGCGGCGAGGAUGGAGAGGCAGAGGAACACAAGGAAGGAAAGGUUGAAGAGAACGGUGUAGGAGAUGAAGAUGAUGAACAACCGGAAGGUGGAGACGGUGAACUGAGAAGGAAGAGAAAGGGAAAGGGAGGUGCUUCCCAGACCAAGAGAAAGGGAAAGGGGGAUGCUUCCCAAACCAAGAAGGCAGCUGCAGCAAUGUCCAUAGGAAUAGGCAGCUUCUCUGACCCGAUCGAGGCACAGGGACUUGCGCAUUUUCUUGAACACAUGCUUUUCAUGGGGAGUACAGAGUUUCCAGAUGAAAAUGAGUACGAUAGUUACUUGUCCAAGCAUGGAGGGUCAUCAAAUGCAUACACAGAAGCAGAGCAUACCUGCUACCAUUUUGAAGUGAAACGGGAGUUUCUUAAGGGUGCAUUGAGAAGAUUUUCUCAGUUCUUUGUUUCCCCCCUAGUGAAAAUUGAAGCCAUGGAGCGAGAGGUACAGGCUGUAGAUUCAGAAUUUAACCAGGUUUUGCAGAAUGAGUCUUGCCGCCUUGAACAAUUUCACUGCCAUACGGCCGCACAUGGUCACCCAUUUAAUAAGUUCUUUUGGGGAAAUAAGAAGAGCUUGGUUGAUGCAAUGGAAAAUGGGAUCAACUUGCGCGAACAAAUACUAAAAUUGUACAGAGAUUAUUACCAUGGUGGACUGAUGAAGCUAGUUGUCAUUGGUGGAGUGGCAAUGGAGAAGGAAUUACUGUUGCUAUCAACUAUUAAGUGGUCUGGUGGUGCCAUUGUUGAUAUCUUAAUCUCUUUGAUAUACUCGAGGAUUGGGUUGUGGAGUUGUUUAGUAAUGUCAAAAAAGCUGCAGUUCAAGGCAGAAGGCCCUAUCUGGAAAGCUGGAAAACUUUACAGGCUAGAGCCUGUUAGAGAUUUUCAUAUGCUCUACUUGACAUGGAGACUUCCAUGUCUUCAUCAAGUGUAUUUGAAGAAACCAGAAGAUUAUUUAGCUCAUCUCCUUGGACAUGCUAGAGGGUGGGCAACAUAUUUGGCUGCUGGUGCUGGCGGUGGAUGUAUUUACCAAACUUCUGUGGCUUAUGUCUUCAACAUGACCAUACGCCUCACUGAUUCUGGAUUGGAAAAGAUGUUUGACGUAAUUGGCAUUGUGUAUCAAUACAUUAAGUUACUGCGUCAAGUGUCUCCACAAGAACGGAUAUUUAGGGAACUCCAGGAUAUUGGAAAUAUGGAAUUUAAAUUCUCAGAGGAAACGGCCCAGGAUUCUUAUGCUUCAGGACUUGCAGGAAGUUUACUAUUUUAUCCAGCAAAAUAUAUAAUUUAUGGUGGCUAUGCAUACGAGAGUUGGGAUGAGGAAUUGAUAAAACAUGUUCUUGGUUUCUUCACACCAGAUAACAUGAGGGUUGAUUUGGUAUCAAAGUCCUCAAUUAAUUCAGAAGAUUUCCAGUGCGAGCCUUGGUUUGGGUCAAAAUAUACCGAGGAGGAUAUAUCUCCUUCUUUGAUGGAUUUGUGGAAGGAUCCUCUAGAAAUUGAUGUCUCAUUGCACCUCCCUUCUAAAAACGAGUUCAUUCCUUGUGAUUUUUCCAUCCGUUCUGAUAACUCGUGUCAUGAUGAUCCUGCAAAUAUGUCUUCCCCAAGACGUAUAAUUGAUGAACCAUUAAUGAAGCUCUGGUACAAGCUUGAUACUACUUUUAAGCUUCCGCAGGUAAAUACAUACUUCCGCAUCAGUCUGAAGGGUGGAUGUGCUAAUCUGAGGAAUUCUAUUUUGAUGGAACUAUAUGGUCGCCUUCUUAGAGAUGAGCUGAAUGAGAUUAUAUAUCAGCAAAGAUGUUUUUGGAAUGCAUACAUGAGCGGAACCUUUGGUCUGUGGAUGCUGGCACUGCUUGCCAAUCUGGAAGCUUAUGUAGGUCCGGUUGGUGAAAAACUGGAGAUCAAGGUCAGUGGUUUCAAUGAUAAGCUUCCAGCUCUCUUAUCAAAAAUCUUGGCCACAGUCAAAAAAAUUUUGCCAACCGAUGAUCGCUUGAAGGUAUGUCACUCCACUCUAUGCCUUCCUAGUUCCGGCUUGUCCAUCCCUAAGUACACUUUAACAGAUGACAAGUUGCAUGUUUUAGACGAAUUGUCUAUUUCUGAUUUGAAUUCAUUUAUUCCGGAGCUUUGGUCCCAGGUAUUCAUUGAGGGCCUUUGCCAUGGCAAUAUGUUAGAAGAAGAAGCAAUUAGCCUUUCUAAAAUAUUCAAAAUGAACUUUUCCGUACAACCACUUUCUACCGAAUUGUGGCAUAGAGAACGUGUUCUUUGUCUUCCUCCUGGUGCUAACCUGGUUAGAGAUGCCAGUGUGAAGAACAAGUUGGAAACAAACUCUGUAACUGAGCUGCAUUUUCAAAUUGAGCAGGAUGUGUUGACUAGAAUGAACGGAGUGAUAGAUCUUUUGAUUGCAAUUAUAUGGGAACCACUUUUAAGGACGAAGGAGCAGCUUGGAUAUAUUGUUGAGUGUGGCCCACGGAUAACAUACCGUGUUUUCGGCUUUAUUUUCUAUGUUCAGUCGUCUGAGUACAGCCCAGUCUACUUACAAGAGAGAAUUGACAACUUUAUAAAUGGUCUGGAAGAAUUGUUGGAAAGGAUUGAUGAUGAUUUGUUUGAAAAUUAUAGAAGUGGGCUAAUGGCUGGCCUAUUGGAGAAAGAUCUAUCCCUCACUUGUGAAACCGACAGAUAUUGGUGUGAGAUUGUUGGAAAAAGGUAUAUGUUUGACUUUGCAGCAGAGGAAGCAGAAGAGCUCAAAACCAUUCACAAGGAGGAUGUUAUCAACUGGUACAGAACAUAUCUACAACAAUCAUCGCCCAAGUGUCGUAGACUUGCGACUCGGGUUUGGGGUUGCAACACUGACCCGAAAGAGGCUGAAGCGCGAUCUGAGUCGAUGAAAGUCAUCGAAGACCCUGCAACCUUCAAGAUGUCAUCUACGUUCUACCCCAGCCUCUUUUGA